AUGGUGGGACAGAGGAGGAUGAUGGAGAAGCCUUCUUCUCUCAUGAACAACACGUCCCACCCCCUGCAGGACACCAUCACAGCACUGGGCAGCUCCUUCAGCACAAGACGGAUCCACCCUAAGUGUCUGAAGGAGAGUACCGGACUUUCAAAUUUCACAAAAGCCCAAAGGCCAUCUAAUUUUGUUUUCAAUGACAUCAUGGGCUUUGAAAAGGAUUCUGACAGUGGAGUCCCUGUGAAAGAUGUCAAACUGGCCCUGAGAGGACACGUGAAAGAAUGUUACAAGUUCAACCCUGACCAAGAAGAUGGAGGAUUAGAAAGGCCAGACUGGCAGCCAGUGAACUGGACUUCCCUCCGGAGUCACUCUGUCCAGAGCCACAUAAGCAAAGCAAUGGGAUCAAGUCAGUCUAAAGCUCCUCCAGUGUCACCUCCUUCACCACUCUUAGAGCAGCCAUGGAGGAAGGUGUCAGAGGAGUACCAGAGCAAUCUUGUGUUUGUGAAUUCUUACCAGCCUGUAAACAAACAGGUCAAACAUCUCAGGAUUCUGCUGCAUGGACCAGUUGGUGCUGGAAAGUCGAGCUUCAUCAACUCUGUCGACAGCGUUUUAAAAGGCAGACCUGCCGGUCGAGCUCUGACAGAUUCCACCUCUGGGACCAGCUACACCAAACAGUACCGGACCUUCGAAUUACACAAAAUUUCAGGGGCCUCUUACUCUUUUGUUUUCAAUGACAUCAUGGGCUUUGAGCAAGAUGAUAACGGUGGAGUCCUUGUGGAAGACGUCAAAAUGGCCCUGAGAGGACACGUGAAAGAAGGUUACAAGUUCAACCCUAAAAAAGUACUAAUGGAGGGUGAUGAUGGCUACAAGUCCUAUCCUACUUUGGAGGACAAAGUUCACGUUAUGGUGUGUGUUGUUCCUGCGGACGCAUUGUCUAGGUUAAGUGAUGAGACGGUGAAGAAGAUAAGAGAGGUCAGACUUGCAGCCAGUGAACUGGGAAUUCCCCAGCUGGCUAUUAUCACCAAAGUUGAUGAAGCCUGUCCCGAGGUUAAAAAGGACACAAGCAAUAUCUAUAAGAGCAAGUACCUGAAGGAACAGGUUGAAAGAUUCCACCAGCUGCUGGGCCUUCCACUGAACUGCAUCUUCCUUGUGCAGAACAACAAUCAGGAGUCAAAUGACAACAUUAACCCUGCAAUACUCUGCGCACUGAAACGGAUGCUUUGGUAUGGAGAAGACUUCCUCAAAGACCAGGAACAUGAAUUCCCCUGAGGCAAAAACACAGUAGGUGAUUUAUAGGGGAAUAAGGAAAUAUUCAACAAAUUUUUAUUGUCUUGCAUGCACUAUUCAACAUCAACCCCCUGCAUGUAAAAAUUAACAAAUCCCCUACUGCAACUAGACGAUUGAAGCAUAAAUCAUGGUUUGCAUAUAAAGUUCAAAUAAUGCG